AUGAUGAACUUUCUGCGGCGAAGGCUCUCGGACAGCAGCUUCAUCGCCAACCUGCCCAAUGGCUACAUGACCGACCUGCAGCGGCCGGAGCCGCAGCAGCCACCUCCGCCUCCUCCCUCCUCAGGCUCCCCGGCCCCUGCCUCUGGUUCCCCGGCUACGGAGCGCCGGCAGCCGCCGCCGCAGUCGGCUCCCCCUCAGCAGCAGCCGCCGCCGCCGCAGCCGCAGCAGUCCACGGGCAGCAGCUUCUUCAGCUCCCUCUCCAACGCCGUGAAGCAGACAGCGGCCUCGGCAGGGCUGGUGGAUGCCUCCUCCGCCGUCUCCGCGGCUGUCGGCAGAAAGUUCAAGGUGCUCCUGGUCAUCGACGAGCCGCACACGGACUGGGCCAAGGCUUUUCGUGGAAAAAAGGUUCAUGGAGAAUACGACAUAAAGGUGGAACAGGCAGAAUUUUCAGAAAUCAACUUGAUAGCCCACGCUGACGGCAACUACGCAGUAGAUGUCCAAGUGUUUCGAAAUGGCACUAAAGUUGUCAGGUCAUUCAGGCCUGAUUUUGUCCUGGUUCGACAACAUUCGUUCAGCAUGGCAGAAAACGAAGACUUCCGUAACUUGAUCAUUGGAAUGCAGUACGCAGGCAUCCCCAGUGUCAACUCCCUGGAGUCCAUCUAUAACUUCUGUGACAAACCCUGGGUGUUUGCCCAGCUGGUGUCUGUCUACAAAACGUUGGGCCCAGAGAAGUUCCCUUUAAUUGAGCAGACGUUCUAUCCGAAUCACAAGGAAAUGCUGACAAUGCCGACGUUCCCUGUCGUCGUGAAGAUCGGACAUGCUCACUCGGGCAUGGGAAAGAUCAAGGUAGACAACCACUACGAUUUUCAGGACAUAGCCAGCGUGGUAGCACUUACUCAGACCUACGCCACCACUGAACCCUUCAUAGACUCCAAGUAUGACAUCAGGAUCCAAAAGAUAGGCAGUAACUACAAAGCAUACAUGAGAACUUCCAUAUCCGGAAACUGGAAGACGAACACAGGCUCUGCCAUGCUGGAACAAAUUGCUAUGUCAGAUAAGUACAAGCUGUGGGUUGACACCUGCUCCGAAAUCUUCGGUGGCUUGGACAUCUGUGCUGUGAAAGCUGUGCAUGGAAAGGAUGGAAAAGAUUAUAUUUUUGAGGUCAUGGACUGUUCAAUGCCUCUGAUCGGUGAGCACCAGACUGAAGACAGGCAACACAUAACUGAGCUAGUUGUAAGCAAAAUGAACCAAAUGUUGUCCAAAACUCCUAUUCCAUCUCCUCAGAGACCCACUGCCACUCAGCAGCCUCAGAGUGGAUCACUAAAGGAGCCAGAGCCAAACAAAAUCCCACCUCAGCGACCACCACCUCAAGGGGGCCCAGUGCAACCCCAAGGGAUGCAAUCACAAAGCCAGGAGCCAUUGCAGCCCCAGCGCAUGUACCCCCCUGGGCAGGCAGCAAAGCCCUCGGCUUCCCAGCCGCAGCGUCCGCCUGGACCUACAACUCAGCAGCCACGGCCCCAGGCUCAAGGUCCUCCCAGCACCAGAUUAUCAAAGGAAACUGAGCCACAGCCUGCUCCACAGCCUGCUCCACAUCCAGCUCCACAGCCUGCUCCACAGCCUGCUCCACAACAGAAGCCUCAGUCUCAUCCGCAGCUAAACAAGUCGCAGUCUCUGACAAAUGCCUUCAGUUUCACAGAGUCCUCCUUCUUCCGAUCGUCUGUGAAUGAAGACGAAGCAAAAGCUGAAACCAUUCGAAACUUGAGGAAAUCCUUUGCCAGCCUCUUUUCUGACUAG